AUGAUGAUGAAGAUAUUGAUCGUGUUUGUGCUUGGAAUGAACUACCCGUCUUGCGCAGGUUUCCCGGUGUAUGACUAUGACUCAUCCUCCUUGAGGGAAGCCCUCCGUGUGUCCGUGGCAAAAGUGAAUUCCCAGUCCCUGAGCCCGUAUCUGUUUCGGGCAUUCAGAAGCUCUGUAAAAAGAGUCAAUGUUCUGGAUCAGGACAGCCUGAACAUGGACUUAGAGUUUGGCAUUCGGGAGACAACAUGCAGGAGAGAUUCUGGAGAAGACCCCGCGACCUGUGACUUCCAAAGGGGCUACUACGUGCCCUCAGCUAUUUGCAGAAGUACGGUGCGGGUGUCUGCUGAGCAGGUGCAGGACGUGUGGGUUCGCUGCCACUGGUCCUCCAGCUCUGAGUCUAACAGCAGCGAAGAGAUGUUUUUGGGGGACAUAUUGGGAUCCUCUAAAAGGAGAAACAACUACCUACUUGGUCUCAUUUCUGAUAAAUCCAGAAGUGAAUUGUAUGAAUGGUCACUUGGUAACCUGAGAGGGAUCUUUCCUCCUGGGAAUCGAGGGUACCCGAACAAGUGGCACAGACUUCAAGAAUAAACACUGGCUUUGAGUAAUGGCUUCAAGCAAAAUACAUCGGAAAGAAUAGAAG